GGGCAUGUAGGUGUUCCAGACACUAUUUACAAAACCAGGCUGGGGCCGAAUUCGGCCUUCACGCGGUAUGCCACCCCCUAAAGACUCCCUGGCUCCUGGAAAUCCAUUCUCUGUGCCUCUGCAUCUGCGCUCAAGUAACGGACGGUUACUCCUUCUCUUGGGGACCAGGAUCUAUCCAACAAAACCGAGUCCCUAGCAGCCUUUGCGUGGAGCGAUCCAGCCGAGCGACUACACAGUUUUAAAAAAGUUUUGAAGUGGGCCCUUUCUUCUCUCCUCUUCCACCCGUCUGAGUCCUUGCUCUCCACGGCAGGGACGCGGAAGGAGUUGUGGUGUGCGUGGGUGAGCUGCGUGGGCUCGGGGAAGAGCCCGCGGGCACUCCGGGGAAGGCGAGGGCGCACAAAAGUUGGAGCCCAAUCAGCACCGAGUCCAGCUCGCGAGUCCCAACCUUCAGGUGACCCCGCGCGGCGGCGGCGGCGGCGGCGGCGGCGACCAGAGCCCGCAGCAGCUCGGAGCGCCUCCGGGAGGAGAAGAGGCGAGCUCGGCGAAUCGUCACGGCCGACCCGAGCGCCGAGCUCAGCGGUCCGGGGCCGGGCGCGAGAAGGCGAGAGCCGGCCCACGCCUUCUCCCUUUGGCCGCCGCACACCGUGCAAGGCUGGCCCGGGGCGCCCGGGAGUGCGGGCCCGCGCCGCGCACCGUCGUCGCCCCUCCCCGCCGCCUUUGAACACUGGAGGUGUGCGUGGCUGCGGCGGCGGCGGGAGCGGCGAGUCGGGCCGCCGGGCUGCGCUUCGCCGGGGCGGCGGCGGCCGUGCGUGGGGCUCAGGAUGCGGCCGGGGGGCGCGCUGCUCGCUCUGCUCGCCAGCCUGCUGCUGCUGCUGCUGCUGCGCCUGCUCUGGUGCUCCACCGACGCGCCCGCCCGCUCCAGGCUCCUGGUGGAGGAGAGCAGGGACACAGCGCGCGGCACUCCCGCCGCGCUGAGGACGCUCCGGAGCCCCGCGACCCAGCUACCGCGCCCCACGAACAGCACAUACCUGUUUGAGAAGUCGCUCCAGCUGACAGAAACAUGCAAAAGACUGCAAGACGGCUUUCAGACUUUAUCUAGCAAACUAAAAAGGUAUUUAGAGAGUGACUAUCUUCAGAUUAUCAGAAAUAUACAGAGCUGUCCAUGGAAACGACAAGAAGAAGAAUAUGAGAAUUUUAGAGCAAAACUUGCUUCCUGUUGUGAUGCUGCUCAAAACUUCAUUGUUUCUCAGAAUAACACUCCGGCUGGGACCAACAUGAGUUAUGAGGUGGAAAGCAAAAACGAAAUCCUAAUUAGAGAGAACAUUUUUAAUAUGUUUCCAGUGUCUCAGCCUUUCAUGGAGUACCCCUACAAUCAGUGUGCAGUGGUUGGAAACGGGGGAAUUCUGAAUAAGUCUCUUUGUGGAGCUGAAAUAGACAAAUCCGACUUCGUUUUUAGGUGUAACCUCCCCCCAAUCACAGGAAAUGUUAGUAAAGAUGUUGGCAGUAAAACCAAUGUUGUGACUGUAAAUCCCAGUAUCAUAAAACUAAAAUAUGGGAACUUAAGGAAAAAGAAAGAAACAUUUCUGGAGGACAUUGCAACCUAUGGAGAUGCGUUCCUUCUUCUGCCAGCAUUUUCUUUCAGGGCCAACACGAUUGCCUCUUUCAAAGUGUACGACACCCUAAAGGAGUCUCAAGCAAGACAGAAGGUUCUAUUUUUCCAUCCCAAGUACCUGAGAAAUCUUGCCCUUUUCUGGAGAACUGAAGGUGUGACGGAGUUUCGCCUGUCCUCUGGCUUGAUGAUCACAAGUGUGGCAGUUGAACUGUGUGAGCACGUGAAGCUGUAUGGAUUUUGGCCCUUCUCUAGAACGGUUAAAGACACACCUGUCAGCCAUCACUACUAUGACAAUAACUUACCUAAACGUGGUUUUCAUGAGAUGCCUAAGGAAUAUAGACGAAUUCUCCAACUUCACUUGAAAGGAAUCCUCAAAUUACAAUUUAGCAAAUGUGAAAUAGCCUAAGCAUAGUGCUUUAAAUGGUAAUAGUUUUAAUAGAGUGCCAUAGGUGAGUAAUGGUGUUUCCCAAUGCUAAAAGCAUUGGGUGUAGGGCUAAUAGGAAGAGCCCCAAAACUUGGUUUGAGCAAAGCUCCCCACUAAGCUUGCAACCCAGCAGCUCAUGCAGUUGUCCUGAUCUUCAGUUUCCCUCCCUGUAAAAUGGGGACCAUGAUAUCUAACUCUAUCUAAUAAUCUAUGAAAACUCUUGGCAAAGGAUUGGUGUGAGGUAGGGACUCCAUGAAUAUUUCCUUGUUGCUCUCUAGAACUACCGGUUCCACGCUCAGCAGAGUGAUAAUAAAAGGCAUGCUGUUUUGAAGACCCUUCCUGGAGAGAACUGCUGAAUUGCCAGUUUUCACUGGGGUUCUUUCUCAAGCAGGCCUCUCUAUUAAUAAUAUCCUUCUCAUCCUCCUUCCUGUCCUAAAGAGUGCAUCUAAGAAAUUACAGCAAACCCUUGAUGAUUCAGGAAUGAAAUCCUCCUCUUUGGGUAGUAAUGUGCCUGCUUCUGAUUACCUUCACUAGGGUCAUUAGCUGCAAUGAUGUGUCCGGCUGGAUUUAGGCCAAUUGUUUUCCUCCUUUAUUUACAUUUUUAAAUCACUCUUCAUAGUUUAUAUUAAUUUCCUGCCUUCCUCUUAAGCCUUUUCCACUCCCACUCACAGGAACUGUUUUAAGAGCAUGAAGAGUUACAAUAGCCAGUUUUUCUUACCUGGUGUCUGUGGAGUCAUAUAUUCAGUUUAUUUUAUAAACAAAUUAUCCAACAGCUAUUUCAUGCCAGGCCCUGUAGCAAGCUCUGUGAGAGGGACCUAAAGGUGACCAAGUCCUGUAGGAGGAAACGGACAUGCAUAUGACCAACUGUUGUUAUGACAGCUAUGAAGAAAGUACUAUGAGGAACAGAGGCAGGAGUAAUUCAGUCUAUUUCAGUGGACUCUGUUUCGGAGAAGAGGUAAUUGCUGAAUAAAACCUAGAAAGUGAGUAAGGUUUUAAUAAAUGAAGAAGAUUCUAGGUAGAGGGAAUAUGAUGGGGGAAAAAGCAGUCCCCUUGAUUCUGAUUCACCAAAAUGAGGAUAUUUGAAGGUAAAUCAUGGUCUUUGCCCCAAGAACUAUCACUUGAAGAGAGGUUGUAGCAUAUGAGGAUGGUGGCUUGGGCCCACCUCUGAAACGGGAGUCAUUGUGACCUGAUAGAUUUCACAGGAAAACGGUAAGGAUUAAAAUACACCAAAACUUAAUUCUCAUAAAGAAAGGUAUAUAUUUACAUGAGAAAUAGGACAAAUAAUUUAAACAUCAGUAUCAAAUAAAGCUUAAGUUGUAUUGAUUAUUACCAUUUUCACACCACUCCCUACAUUAUGAUGAUACCUGUUAAUGUAGGUCAUCCCUUCAUCUACUGAAUAAGUUCUUUGAUGACUUAACUAAGUGACUACAUUUCUACUUUGCCUGUUUGUCUUUGUACCAUCAUGAGGAGGGCAGAAAUUGGGGUGGAGCCGACUUGUCAGCAUGCUGAAUUAAUUACAAAUAAAAUUCUGAAUUCUUAUCUUAGCCAGAUGAUUGUUUUACUAAAUGUUCCCUUUUAAGACCAUUCUGCUGUCAGUCACUUAUUUUGGCAAAGUACCUCGUUCCUUUCAUUGUUGUUGACAUUUUUUUUAUGCCAUUCUUUGUUCACAUUUUAUUCUUCUAUAGCAGAUGAAACCUAUUAGCUCCAUAAAUUGCUUAAAAAUUCAUAUAUAAAUAUUUUCCAAAAGGAGCAUGCUUUUAGUUACAUGAAGUCUAAUUUAUUUAUCUUUCUUUCUGUGCAAAUGAGUAAGUGGUUCUUUUCUAUUGCUUCUAAUGGAUUUAAUUUGUUUUUAAAACUCUGCUGGCAGUAUAAGUAAUGUCUAUCAUGUUACUAACGGUGAUUAUUAAAAAUAGAACAUUCUAAUAUUUUAUAGUUAGCAAAAUGCUUCUCUUAAAAUGUUUUCUGGGGAGUAGAACCUUAAACUUUUCUUUUUGAUGAUAUUGGAAAUAGAUGAUUAAGGAGUAAAAGUAAUAGAAUAUAUUGAAAUCAAUCAUUAAAUAUACAAUAUGGAGAUUUUAUACUAUGGUUUAAUAAAAAUUACAUAUGAUUAACACAGAACUUAAGUUUUUUCCCAUAUAACUUCCUCUUUUAACUUGGGAGAUUUUCUCUAUAAUAUCAAAAUAGAAUCUUUAAUGUCACCGAUACAAAUUUCAGAAGUUCACAAACUUCUUGGGGGCUUCGCAGGUGUAAUCUAAAACUAGUCCCUAUACACCGAACACAGCGAGA